AUGGCAGAGCGUGAGGCGUCGCCGUUACCACUGGACGUUCGCGCCCGGCUGGCGGAGCUGGAGCUCGAGCUGUCAGAGGGUGACAUCACACAGAAGGGUUAUGAGAAGAAGCGGUCUAAGCUGAUCAGGGCCUACAUUCCUCAUCCUGGAGGUAUGGAGGGUAUGUCCCACCGCCCCUUCUUCGCCCCCCCGUCUGCCGCUCGCUUCCACAGACGGCGUUCUUCUGGAACACGCGAUGAACGCUAUCGUUCAGACGUCCACAGUGAGGCGGUGCAGGCAGUGUUAGCCAGACAUGUGGAGAGCAAGGUGGCAGUGCCCAUGCCCUCCAAACGACGAUCGCUGGUGGUACAGACAUCCAUGGACGCCUACACACUCCCAGACUCGUCGUCGGGCUCAGAGGAAGAGGCGGGGCCAGGCGAUGAUAUGCCAGGGAUGGAACACUGGAUGACUCGCCCCGCCCACUUAGGUCCAGCCCACCUAGGCUCCACCUCCUCGUCCUCCUCGUCCACUCAGAGCGGCGGCAGCGGCAACGCAGGACGACUGGCCGACUCGCUCGCACACACACACCUAGAGAAACACUCUGCUCCUCCUGAUGUAACUGGCUACUCAUCUGACUCCUCCCACUCCCACUCCCAUCCCCACCCCCACUCCCACUCAGAGCGCCACAUAGGAACCAUCGCCCGAAACACACAGAAAUACGGCAACGCUGAACGCAUGGAGACUGGAGACGGUGUGCCGGUCAGCAGUCGUGUGUCUGCUAAGAUCCAGCAGCUAGUGAGCACCUUGAAAAUGCCUCGUAGACCUCCGCUCAGAGAGUUCUUCGUUGAUGACUUUGAAGAACUUCUAGAAGUCCAGCAGCCAGACCCCAAGCAGCGCCGUCCGGAGGGGGCAGAGAUGUUGGCAGUGAGAGGAGAGGCUCUGGGGGUGGUGACUAACUGGCCCCCUUCCCUGGAGGCAGCUCUCCAACGCUGGGGCACCAUCAGCCCUAAAGCCCCCUGUCUCACCAGUCUGGACACCACUGGCAAACCUCUAUAUGUACUCACAUACGGGAAGUUAUGGUCUCGAAGUGUCAAGUUGGCCUUUAACAUCCUCCACAAGCUGGGCAGCAAGCAGGAGCCCAUGGUGCGACCGGGGGACAGGGUGGCGCUAGUGUUUCCUAACAAUGACCCGGUGGCCUUCAUGGUGGCCUUCUAUGGCUGCCUGCUGGCUGAGGUGGUCCCUGUGCCCAUAGAGGUGCCCCUCACACGCAAGGAUGCUGGCAGCCAGCAGAUUGGCUUCCUAUUGGGUAGCUGUGGGGUUACCGUGGCGCUGACCAGUGAUGCCUGCCAUAAAGGCCUGCCCAAGAGUGCUACAGGAGAGAUACCACAGUUCAGAGGAUGGCCUAAGCUGCUGUGGUUUGUGACUGAGUCGAAGCAUCUCUCCAAGCCUCCCAGAGACUGGUUCCCUCACAUCAAAGAUGCAAACAGCGACACAGCAUAUAUAGAGUACAAGACCUGUAAGGAUGGGAGUGUGCUGGGAGUCACGGUGAUGAGGAUCGCUCUGCUGACUCACUGCCAAGCCCUCACACAGUCCUGUGGCUACACAGAAGCGGAGACCAUAGUGAAUGUUCUAGACUUUAAGAAGGACGUGGGACUGUGGCACGGCAUCCUCACGAGCGUGAUGAAUAUGAUGCAUGUGAUCAGCGUUCCCUAUUCUCUGAUGAAGGUCAACCCGUUGUCCUGGAUACAAAAGGUCUAUCACUUUAAAGCCAAGGUAGCGUGUGUAAAGUCCAGGGACAUGCACUGGGCUCUGGUGGCCCACAGAGAGCAGAAGGACAUCAGCCUGAGUUCCCUCCGUAUGCUGCUGGUCGCCGACGGAUCGAACCCUUGGUCUAUCUCGUCCUGUGAUGCAUUCCUCAAUGUGUUCCAGAGUAAAGGCUUAAGGUCAGAGGUCAUCUGUCCCUGUGCCAGCUCCCCCGAGGCACUGACUGUUGCCAUCAGAAGGCCAGUGGAGGACAGUAGCCAGCCACCAGGACGAGGUGUUCUCUCCAUGCAGGGUCUGAGUUACAGUGUGGUCCGCGUCGACACGGAGGAACGCCUGUCAGUCCUCACUGUGCAGGAUGUGGGCACUGUCAUGCCUGGAGCCCUGGUGUGUGUGGUGAAGCCAGACGGUGUGCCUCUCCUGUGUAAGACAGAUGAGAUCGGGGAGCUGUGUGUGUGUUCCGUUGCCACGGGAACAUCCUACUACGGACUGACAGGCAUGACCAAGAACACCUUUGAGGUGUUCCCUGUAGCAUCCGGUGGAGGCCUGGUCAGUGAGUAUGCGUUUGUCCGUACGGGGCUGCUGGGCUUCGUGGGUCCAGGUGGUCUGGUGUUUAUCUCCGGCAAGAUGGACGGCCUCAUUGUGGUCAGCGGACGCAGACAUAACGCUGAUGACAUCAUAGCCACCGCACUGGCCGUGGAGCCAAUGAAAUUCAUCUACAGAGGGAGGAUAGCAGUGUUCAGUGUGACCGUGCUGCGUGAUGAGCGUAUCGUGGUCGUAGCAGAGCAGAGACCAGACUCUACUGAGGAGGACAGCUUCCAGUGGAUGAGCCGUGUGCUGCAGGCGAUAGACAGUAUCCAUGGUGUGGGUGUGUUCUGCCUGGGGUUAGUUCCAGCCAACAGCCUCCCUAAGACCCCCCUGGGGGGUCUACACCUUUCUGAGACCAAACAGCUGUACCUGGAGGGGGGGCUGCACCCCUGUAAUGUCCUCAUGUGUCCUCACACCUGUGUUACCAACCUGCCCAAACCACGACAGAAACAACCAGAGAUUGGUCCUGCGUCUGUGAUGGUGGGGAACCUGGUGUCUGGGAAGAGGAUCGCUAUGGCCAGUGGCAGAGACCUGGGACAAACUGAUGACAAUGACCAGUUCCUGUUCCUGUCAGAGGUUCUGCAGUGGAGAUCUCAGACUACGCCUGAACACAUCCUCUACACACUGCUUAGCUCCCGGGGAGCGGUGUCUAGUUCUCUGACGUGUCUUCAGCUCCAUAAGAGGGCAGAGAAAGUUGCUGCUCUGCUGCUGGAGAGAGGAGGACUACAGGAGGGAGACCACAUAGCACUGGUCUACCCACCAGGUAUAGAUCUGAUUGCAGCGUUCUACGGUUGUCUGUAUGCUGGCUGUGUUCCUAUCACGGUCCGACCGCCCCACCCACAGAACAUAUCAACCACACUGCCCACGGUCAAGAUGAUCGUAGAGGUCAGUCGUUCGGCCUGUGUGAUGACCACAGCGGUCAUCUGUAAGCUGCUGCGGUCCAAGGAGGCAGUCGCCACAGUUGACAUCAGGAACUGGCCUCCCGUCCUGGACACAGAUGACCUGCCAAAGAAGAAGUCUCCAGCGCUGUAUAAGCCCUGUAACCCUGAUGCCUUGGCCUACCUGGACUUCAGUGUGUCCACUACUGGCAUGCUGGCUGGAGUACAGGUGUCCCAUAAUGCAGUGGGAGCGUUCUGUCGGUCAGUGAAGCUGCAGUGUGAACUGUAUCCCUCCAGAGAGGUAGCGAUCUGUCUCGACCCCUACUGUGGCCUGGGCUUCGUCCUCUGGUGUCUCUGCAGUGUGUACAGUGGCCACCAGUCGAUCCUGAUCCCUCCAGUAGAGUUGGAGUCUAACCCAGCCCUGUGGCUGCUCGCUGUCAGCCAGCUCCGAGUCAGAGACACCUUCUGUUCCUACAGCGUCAUGGAGCUCUGCACUAAAGGACUGGGCCUGCAGACAGAUGCACUGAAGGCGCGGGGCCUGGACCUGUCCCGUGUGAGGGCGUGUGUUGUGGUAGCAGAGGAGAGACCCAGGAUGUCUCUAACACACUCCUUCUCCAAGCUGUUUAAAGACCUGGGCCUGCACCCCCGAUCUGUCAGCACAGCAUUCGGCUGUAGGGUCAACCUGGCUAUCUGUCUGCAGGGCACCUCCGGACCAGACCCUACUACAGUUUACGUGGACAUGAGAGCUCUGCGACAUGAUAGGGUUCGGUUGGUGGAGAGAGGUUCUCCUCACAGUCUCCCUCUCAUGGAGUCAGGAAAGAUCCUACCUGGUGUCCGCAUCAUCAUCGCCAACCCAGAGACUAAGGGACCCCUGGGAGACUCCCACCUAGGAGAGAUCUGGGUGCACAGUGCCCAUAAUGGCAGUGGAUAUUACAGUGGUUAUGGAGAGGAGGUCCUUCAGUCUGAUCACUUCACCUCCAGACUCAGCUUCGGAGACACAUCCACCGUCUGGGCUCGCACCGGAUACCUGGGCUUCUUACGACGUACUGAACUCACUGAUGCCAGCGGAGAGAGACAUGAUGCGCUGUAUGUGGUGGGCGCGUUGGAGGAGGCCAUGGAGCUGAGGGGGAUGAGGUAUCAUCCUAUAGACAUCGAGACCUCCGUCAUCAGGACGCACCAGAGCAUCAUGGAAUGUGCGGUGUUUCCCUGGACUAACCUGCUGGUAGUUGUGGUGGAACUAGAAGGCUCGGAGCAGGAAGCCCUGGACCUGGUUCCCAUGGUGACCAAGGCGGUGCUGGAAGAGCAUUACCUCAUCGUUGGUGUCGUCGUAGUAACGGACAUCGGGGUGAUCCCCAUCAACUCUCGCGGGGAGAAGCAGCGCAUGCACCUCCGAGAUGGCUUCCUACAGGACCAGCUCGACCCCAUCUACGUGGCUUAUAACAUGUAACCCAGCCGCCCCAUCCGGGGGGGUGGGGGUGUGGGUGGAUGUAAGAGAGGGGGAUGUGUGUGUGUUAGCAUGUGUGUGUAUGCGUACGUGCGUGUAUAUCGCUGGUGUUGUUCAUUUCAAAUCAAGACGUACUGUAUUUUUGAAUCUGCACAUGGUCAUAUGGUGUGGUGCCAGUUGUCUGAUCCUUUAGUUGUGCUGUGGUGGAGGUAUGGCUGUUUCUGCACCCCCGGUUAAACCUGACACCUAGACAGGAAGUCGCUGUACAAAGCCUUAGAGGAACACUGUGUACUGACUACACCACUGGUUGUUAGGAGAGAGAGAAAAUAUCUCUGAACAUAUCUGUUAUCUUAAUGAAAUAGACAUGAAAAAUUAAGUUAUUAAAGUAUAUUGUCAGAAAAAGACAGGGGGUUCAGAUUAGUGUAUAAAUAUAAAUAUUGUACAUAAACAAAAUUAUCUAUACGGCGAGAACUGAAACACACUGAGGGCCUGUUAUACAGCUUUCUCCACCUGCGGUGUGUGUGUGUGUGUGUGUGUGUGUGU